AUGAAGAGACAUUUAGAGCGAACAAUUCAAGGACAGAUCUUAACUUUUGAGGAGUAUUACACUGUGCUAACAGGUAUAGAAGCAUGUCUCAAUUCACGACCCUUAACACCUCUCUCUUCCUCACCAACUGAUUUGAUACCAUUGACCCCAUCACAUUGUUUAAUCGGAGACAUUUUAAUACAACCCUGUGAACCCGAUCUCACAAAUUCUCCCAAAACAUUAAAAUCUCGCUGGUUAAAUAUUCAAAGAAUUCGGCAACAUUUCUGGAAGAGAUGGCAUAGGGACUACUUGAAUCAACAACAGACUCGGUCAAAAUGGAAUGAAAAUUAUCGCAAUAUAAAGGUUGGAACUAUGGUUCUUAUGAUUGAAGACAAUCAACCUCCUCUACAGUGGCCAGUUGGACGCAUCGUUGAAAAUUACGCUGGUCAAGAUAGUGUAGUGCGGGUGAUUUUAGUGAAAACCGUGAAUGGCCUGUAUAAAAGAUCAGUGAAGAAAGUGUGCGUUUUACCCAAUAUGGACAAUUGA